AUGUCCUUCAACGACCAAGGCGCCGGUUAUCCACCGCUGCGCGAACAGUCGGAAUCUCAAUAUCCUCUUCCGCCAGGCGAAGAAGACGAACGCAGCCGACCAUUUCAUAACCGUGAAGCCUCAAAUGGGAGUAUAUCCACUCUUCCAUCCAUAACACCAUACGAACAUAGCUUUUCGUCGCAGACACAAGGUUAUGUCCAAGACCAGAGAGUCUAUCCAUCUGAAUCAUAUCGACCUCCUCCAACGCCAGGCUAUCCGCAAGACUAUAACCGAGGAGUUCCACAACAGAUGGCAUUCAGCCAGUCCGCCCCACGACAGCGAACAGCAAUUGCAUGCCGGUACUGCCGAAGACGAAAGAUCAGAUGUUCGGGCUUCGAUCAAAAUCCCGAAGGUCGCUGUGCCAAUUGUCAGCGAUUUCAACAGGAGUGUAUUUUUACGCCAGUUUCGUCUCAGGCACAGGCGUUCGUUCCCGCACACGCCGUCUAUCCUGGCAUGCGAAAUAUGGGAAUUGGGCCUGAUGGACGUCCCCGACCUAUGUAUCCGCAGGGAGCGCCUCUUUUUGGGGCUCACGGGCAGCCACUGCCAGCGCCGCAGACUCAAUCGACAGCAACUUAUGAAUAUCCUGCCCCUUCACCAACGGGAUCUUAUAGCUCCUACUGUGGCGACGACCGCAACUCUCAGCCCCCGGACCCGUCUCGAAAGCGAGUUCAGCCCGAGCCGCAUCCUUCCAUCUUGCCCCCUCCCAUUCCUGGUCAGGUGUCAUAUCAACGUGCUGAUAGCGCAGCUGCUCCUCGACGUGGACCUUUGGAUGAGGAUCUUCGUCUUCCCCCCGUAACACCUACUGGCGCUCCUAUUACAGCUAAUUACUCACCUGGCUCCUCAAACUCCUCACAUUCGAACCUUCAACCACCUCAGCAAUCUAGCCUCCCAUUCUUAUCUCGCACUCCUCCACCUCGUGCUAGUCCUAUAGAAGGUCGUGUAGACCCCAUGAGUAUCGGUAACAUCAUGGAACGUCGACCUGAGUCAGAGAUUGAUCGGAGUAUGCUUGGCCGUUUAGAUCGGAAAGCAUAG